CAUCAACUAGAAAAUAAAAAAAGCCGUUUUGUCCAUAAUGGUAUAUAAACGCUUCUCUUAACGAGACAAUUCCAGUUUAAAUAAAAACAGUGUUAAAGAUGAAACAAAUAAGAUCGUUUAUUUUAGUUUGUUUCUUAUUUGCCGAGUCAAUUUGGGGGGCAAAUUUACCUAGCUAUAUCACAAAAUGUAGCCUUUCCGAUGAAUCGUUUUCAAAAUGUGCAAUUUCUAGUGCAAAUAAAGCGAUUUCUAGAAUAGUAAAAGGUGAUAAAAAGUAUAAAAUUCAAAAUUUAGAUCCGAUUAUUAUUCCGGAAGUAAAAUUUGAGGUAAAUUCAAAUUCUAGGUUGAUAUUAAAUAACGUUACCACAAGUGAUUUGAAAAAUAUUAAAGUAACCGAGUUUAGGUGAGUUUAAUUUUAAAAUUAUUAAUUUAAUCGAAAGAUAAAAGGAAAAACUUUAACCUACCUUCAUUACAACAGCAAUUGAAGAUUCUUUAGUGUUUGUAACCCAUCAAUUCAAACAUUUUGGCAGUUC